UAUAUAAUGAAUUUGAGAAUGAAUUGAGACAAAUAACGAGAAAUGGAAACUGUAACAGCAAGCAGUAUUUUGAUAUCAGUAGUGUGCAUAUUUGUUGUGACAGGAUUUAUCAAGGCAGUUAAUUGGGUAUGGCUAAGACCCAAAAGAAUAGAGAAAUGGUUCAGACAACAAGGUCUAACUGGUACUUCUUAUCAGUUCUUGGUUGGAGACAUGAAAGACUACUCUUCAAUGCGCACUCGAGCCUUAGAAAAUCCCAUCAAUGGCUUUUCUAAUGAUUAUUCUUCGCGGGUGGAUCCUCUCGGCCAUCAUCAUGCCGGAAAAUUUGGAAAAGACUACUUUGUUUGGGCUGGUCCAAUGCCUAUGGUAAGCAUAUCUAAACCAGAGUUAAUAAGAGAGGCCUUCACAAAUAUGCAGGAAUUUCAAAAGGCGAAGUUCAACCCAGUUAUGGACAAGCUUUUUCCAGGGCUUGUCAGAUAUGAGGGAGAAAAAUGGGCUAAACAUAGGAAGAUCAUCAACCCUGUCUUCCAUGUGGAGAAGUUAAAGCUUAUGUUGCCAGCAUUCCGUGACAGUUGUUCAGAGAUGAUCAAUAAAUGGGACAUGGUAGUAGCUGAAACGGGUUCAGGGGAGGUAGAUGCGUGGCUAAGUCUGACGAAACUCACUGCUGAUGUUAUCUCAAGGGCAGCAUUCGGUAGCAGCUAUGAAAAGGGACAAAGGAUAUUUGAACUUCUCAAGGAGCAGACUGAUUUAUCUCUUGUUAUGCUACAAUCUUUAUACAUCCCAGGACAGAGCUACCUUCCAACUCCAAGAAAUAGAAGGUUCAGAAAAUUAGAAGAUCAAAUAAAUGAUUUAUUGUGUUCACUUAUAAACAAGAGAAAGGAGGAAAUUGAGGCUGGAGAAGCAGUAAAGAGUGACCUAUUGGGUAUACUCAUGGAUUCCAAUCUAAAAGAAAUCCAACAGGCUGUUGGAAAUAACAAGAAUAAACAUCUUGGGAUGAGUCUUCAAGAGGUGAUUGAAGAGUGUAAACUAUUCUACUUAGCUGGACAAGAAACAACAUCGAUACUAUUAGUUUGGACGAUGAUUUUGUUGAGUAAACACCAAGAUUGGCAAGCACGAGCACGAGAAGAGGUAUUGCAAACAUUCGGGAACAAUGUGCCUGAUUUUGAAGGUUUGAACCAUUUAAAGACGGUGACCACGAUACUUUACGAGGUUCUCAGGCUCUAUCCACCAAUAAUUCAACUGUCACGAAUGAACAAACAAAAAGACACGAAUCUAGGUGCGUUAUCAAUUCCUUCGGGCACAAUGAUCACUUUCCCAAUGUAUUCUGUUUAUAGAGAUAUAGAAAUUUGGGGUGACGAUGCACAAGAAUUUAAGCCAGAAAGGUUCUCUGAAGGAAUCUCAAAGGCAACAAAAGGAAAUAAUGCAUUUUUUCCUUUCGGCUGGGGACCAAGAAUAUGCAUAGGGGAAAGAUUUGCCAUGACUGAAGCUAAAAUGGCGUUAUCCAUGAUUCUACAACGCUUUUCUUUUGAGCUUUCACCAUCUUAUGUUCAUGCACCCAUGAGCGUUAUCUUUCUACAACCUCAACAUGGUGCUAAGAUCAUCUUACACAGGUUUUGAAACUAAAAACAGUGAAAUAGCUAGCAAUUUAAUCUUCUCCACAUUAUUAAUAAGACUAGUGGGUUGAUUUAAUUUAUGUGUAGCAAUCAUAAACCAAAUUACGAAUUAUGUAUCUACGUUUCUGCUAAUUAGUACCGUAAAACUAUGUUAAACUUCAA